AUGUGUGGUGUGGCGUUACGGCACAGCCGCAGCAGGUACGCAUUGAAUCGCCAUUGAGGGUGGGCACUGCGCCGAGUGGGGUCUCUGUCAGACUUCAGUCUGUCUGUCUGUCUGUCUGUCCGACUCUCUGUCGUCGAUCCUUGGGACGGGGUCGAGAGGACUUUUGCUUCCACCGAAUGGAGUACCACCUUAGCCAAUAGCCAAUUAUCCAAUGGGAGCACACAACUACGCACCGAAGCGGCAACAGCCAAUGGAACACGCGUGUUUCUCUCCGGACUGGGAAGGACGGUGGGCGAGGCGUACUCAGUACAGCAACGAGGAGUUGAUCUCGCUGCGUGUCUCAGGAUUGCACCAAGCUGUCUGGCGCCAUGCAGGUACUGGUACGACAUACAUCCAACCAACUGAACUAGGGGGCGCCGAUGAUGGGUGGAGGAUGUGCGUGUGCGGCGACAGCCAUCGCAGAGAGGAAUUGGCCGUCGCAGUGGUACAUACCGCCUGCCCCACUGAGCGGUUCUGGCCUUCUCUUCUCGCUUUCCUACACUUCCUUCCUUUCUCGCCAGUCCGUUCGGUGGUGCUUCUCGGUCCUUUUUCUGUUGUGCUGUUCUUCGUGUCGUUUCUCGAGGGCAACUUUGUGCUAGGGACUUUUCUGACGACAUCGUCGGUUCACCGACUAGAACGAACGAGCGAGCGAAUCAGUUCAACUCUAUAUUCUCACCACCUACCUUUUGCACCGUCCCAGAGACACCUGCCUUUCUUUCUCGCUGCGCCGGCCUUUCUUCCAUUCUUUUGUUCUUGUCACAUCCGUGUUUUUCCUUGUCUGCGUGCCUCUUCCCCCCGUGUGGCGCUCUCACCACAACCACCCCCGAAACACCUCUCUUUCCAGUAUUUCCCACCGCCGUGGCCUUGCAGAGAUUCUUCUGUCCUGUUCUCUUCGUGCUCGGUGGUUGAGCCGCCGAAUUUACCCUCGUUCCGGACCAGAUAGGUGUGCAGACGAAAGGGAAACAGACACCGAGACAGGGAGGAAGGCAGCGCAGUUAAU